GCCUUAGCGAAACGCAAAAGAUAGAAAUAUAGAGAGACACAAUGAAGCUGGCGAGGCGAUAGAAAGAGAGAAUGACAGCGCUUUGAGAUCCGCGCCCGAAUUAUCUAUCGACCAAGAAAACCAUAAGCGGCGCUCGAGGCCGGCACGAGCACUCCAUUUUAAGAGGCAAACAAACAUUAAGCUCUUAUUAUAGCUUUCUAUCUAUUGUUCUUUCGCUUUUUUCGUCUGCGGAUCUCGUUGGGGGGUUUUGGUAGCCGGAGUUCGCCGGGAUUUAUGUCGGCUGGGUUCACUGAGUCCUUUUCUUUCUCUUCUCUAUCCCGCAUGCGGAGAGGCUUCUUGUCUGACUCUAUGCCCUUUAAAUCCUUUCGUUGCAGAACUGGUGAUGGUGUGAAGUAUUUGGGAUUUCUACAUUUAGAGGCGUUUCCUCUUCUGUUUCUCUUUCUCAGAGGAGCACUCACUUGAUCCAGAAACAAUCGUUUCUUCUCCUUUAUUUUUUUUUUUUUGGUUUUUUCCUAUUUUAAAAAUUAUUUCUUUCCUUCGAUUUUGGUGAUUUUUCUGAGGGGAGGGUUAAGAAAGUGGGGGAGAAAAUGCCGGGUCCGCAGCGGCAGCUGCUGAAUCAGGAUCCGAUGACGAGGAAACCUAGGAAAACCCCAUUGAGAAGCAAAUCGGAUCCGAAAUCAACACUGAAGCGGAUCCGGAUCGUCUUCUCUGACCCCGACGCCACUGACUCCUCCAGCGACGAGGAUUCUGUCCCUGAACCCCGAAUCAAGCAAACGCGACGGGUCCUGCGUGAAAUUCCCAUUUCGCCCUUCUCCACUCCACUCCCCGACUCCUCUUCCUGUUCUAAACCCCGUAAAACCCUAGCAACCCUGAGGGCAAAGAAUACCGGUUCUUCAACCUCAACCGGAUCCUCUAAGCACAAGGGAGUCCGAUACCGACCUUGGGGGAAGUGGGCGGCGGAGAUCCGCGACCCGAUAAGAGGCGUUCGUGUCUGGCUCGGUACUUACGCAACCGAGGAGGAAGCCGCCCUCGCUUACCAGACGGCCUCCCGCCGCAUCGAGGCCGAAAAGCGAGGCUUUGUCGCUUCCGAUGCCUUCUCCGGCGGCGCAAGCAGCGACUCCGGGUUAUCGGACCCGGAAACAGACCCGAAUCCGAAUGCUUUCUCGGUCCCUUCGCCUUCAUCGGUUCUCGACGUUUCAACCGAUGGAUUUCCCAUCGACGGCCAGGAUCAUCCCGUCAAAGAAGCGGAUGCGAAUGUGAUGCCUGUUACGGACUUUUUCAGUAAAGAUGAGUCCGAGAUGUUGUUGUCGGACUUUGGGUUGGAAUCCGAACCCGAUCCGUUAAUGGGGCUGGUAGCAGUGGAGGACUUUGUUGUGCUGGGGGACCUACCGGUGCUGACACUGUGGGAUGACCGAACCAACGGCUCUGAUCCCAUCGCCUUGGAGUUUGCUGAUCUCGAUGACUGGAUGAAUUUUGAUCCAUAAGAUGAUGUUGGAGAUUUUUGCAGAAUUAGGAUUAAUAUGAUAUAUAUAAAAUUAUAUUUUAUAUAUAAAUAUUAUUUUAAGUGUCUUUAAAAGUUGUUUUAAGGUUAUAUAGUUUGAUGUUGUUACAGUGAGUGUGAAGCGUUGUUUUGUUUAGUGUGGGCAUUUCUUGGGUUUUUCAGGAGCUUGAGAGCCGUCCAAGAAGGAGGUUUUGUUUGUUCUUAAA